GUGGUGGCCUCGUGUCGCGCGCCUGCGCCUGUCGAGAGCCUGAUGGCGAUGACGGAGUCAAAGGGCAAAGGCAGAGCCAAUGGCGACACAGACGAUGGUCCGGUCGCAUACGAGAUGCCAUGGGUGGAAAAGUACCGUCCCGCGGUGCUCGACGAUAUCGUAGGUAACGAGGAGACAAUAGAGCGACUCAAAGUCAUUGCCCGAGAUGGCAACUGCCCUCAUAUCAUCAUUUCGGGUCAACCUGGCAUUGGCAAGACGACCUCCAUUCUCGCACUGGCACACGCGCUCCUCGGCAAAGCCUACAAGGAGGGCGUGCUCGAGCUCAACGCGUCGGAUGAAAGAGGUAUCGAUGUCGUCCGGAACCGGAUCAAGACGUUCGCUCAGAAGAAGGUGACACUGCCCGCCGGGCGACACAAAAUCAUCAUUCUCGACGAGGCCGACAGUAUGACUCCCGGCGCACAGCAAGCGCUUCGUCGGACCAUGGAGAUCUACUCCAACACGACGCGCUUUGCUCUGGCUUGCAAUCAGAGCAAUAAGAUCAUAGAGCCGAUCCAGUCGAGGUGCGCAAUACUUCGAUAUGCGCGGCUGUCGGACAAACAGCUACUCAAGCGUAUCGUCGAGAUCUGCGAUAUGGAGCAGGUCAAGUAUUCGGACGAUGCGCUGGCGUCGCUUAUCUUUACGUCGGAUGGCGACAUGCGACAAGCGAUCAACAACCUUCAAUCGACUUAUUCAGGCUUUGGCUUCGUCUCUUCCGAGGCGGUCUUCAAAGUAUGCGACCAGCCGCAUCCGGUGACAGUCAAUAAGAUGAUCGAAGCUUGCGCAAAGGGCGACAUCGAUGUCAGCAUGGAGAUGCUCGAAAAGCUCUGGCACCAAGGCUAUUCUGCCGUCGACAUUGUCACUACCAUCUUCAGAGUCACCAAGAGCACAGAUGUUCUGCCAGAGUACACCAAGCUCGAAUUCAUCAAGGAGAUCGGCUUCAGCCAUAUGCGUAUCUUGGAAGGCGUUUCGACGCUUACACAGCUCAGCGGCUUGCUCGCUCGCCUCUGCAGAAUCUAUCAUUCUCCCCAGCUGUUUGUUGUCUGAGAUUGGAGCUCUCGGACUAGAACUCAGCUGCGUCUCGCCAAGCAUGCAGCUGAUUGACGCGUGA